AUGUCUCUCCUCCACCAAAACUCUUGUGAGUGUAUUAAGAGCGAGUUGGACUUCUUUAGUGUGCCGCCAUCCCAACAGAUGAUACUGGGUACCCAGGAUGUAGAGUUUUACCCUGUAAGCCCAAUUAUUGCGGGCACCGUCAUUGACGUUGUGGUCCCACCCUGUGCUGGGGAAUAUCUGUACGAUGUCAACGGCGCUCGUCUAAACGGAGUUGGCAGGUUGACGGGAGCCACGGCCGCGGCCGCCGACGCACUGCCUGCGGAGGCGCCCGUGAAUCUCAUCCCCCAUUCAUGCUUUUCCCAUGUGGAACUUAUCCUUAACGGUAAACAAACAUCUUGCGGUUCUCACAUGUACCCUUACAAGUCGUACAUAGAAACUCAUCUUGGGUAUGGGAGCGACGCAAAGGCGUCUCAUCUGACCAACCGUCUGUACUAUGCCGAUACAGCUUGGAAUUUUAAUAAAAGGACUGCAGAUAAUGAGGGGUACGAGAAAAGGGCUAAACUUUUUAAAGGGGGACGCUCAAUCGAUAUUGUGACGCCAAUAAGCCUCCCUUUCUUGAAUCAACAACGCAUGCUUCUCUCGGGCGUCGAAAUGCGCUUUCGCUUUCAUUUCAGUAAACCAGAAUUUCACAUCAUGGGACCCGAGAACUCUUCGGCUCAAUUUGAGUGGACAAGCUUCUCUCUGACUAUUCCGCGGGCUCAAAUCAGUCCCUCCGUGCUCCUCGCUCAGUCCCGGGCCCUUGAGACGGCCACUGCCAAAUAUCCCAUCUGUCGCACAGAAUGUAAAACUCUGACCAUCAACGCCGGGCUCCGUAGCAAAGUUUUUGAUUCGGUGUAUCUAGGGCAGCUGCCAAAAAGGGUUAUAUUGGGGAUGGUGGACAAUACGGCGUUCAACGGCGCCUAUACCGAGAACCCUUUUAAUUUUGAUCAUAUGGAUUUGUCGUUCGCUGCUCUGUAUAUAAAUGGCGUGCAAGUUCCAGCCAGGGGGCUCAAUCCAGAUUUCACUCAUGCUAGAUCGACAAAAUAUGCUGACUGCUACCAAACGCUCUUCUCUGGCUCUGGGGUUCAUCACAAGGAUGAGGGGAAUGGUAUUGAUCGAGAGGCUUAUCCGGGUGGAAACUGUUUUCUGAUAUUUGAUCUCAGCCCCGACAGAAGUAGUCACGAAGGGCACUGGAAUCUCCAACAAACCGGCUGUCUCCGCAUUGAGCUCCGCUUCAAGCGCGAUCUUGUCAAGGCUGUCAAUCUCGUUGUCUAUGCCGAGUUCCAAUCUCUGAUUGAAAUCGACAAAUACCGCACGGUGCACACUGAUUAUUCGACCUAA